AUGGCCAUGAGUGAGCUGGGCUCUCAGCAGACUGGCGAUGGCACUGUUUCUCGCCUGCUCGACGUGGUGGAAAGUGAGCUUCAGGCAGGGAGGGAGAAAGGCGACCCUACCGAGAAACAACUUCAGAUCCUCCUGGAGGAUGCACCUCUCUGGCAGAGAUUCAAGGAAGUCACUAAUGAAAUGAUCGUGACCAAGAAUGGCAGACGGAUGUUCCCUGUCCUAAAGAUCAGUGUCACCGGGCUGGACCCCAAUGCCAUGUACUCCCUCCUGCUGGACUUUGUCCCCAUGGACAGUCACCGCUGGAAGUACGUCAAUGGCGAGUGGGUGCCCGCGGGCAAGCCGGAGGUCUCCAGCCACAGCUGCGUCUACAUCCACCCCGACUCCCCCAACUUCGGGGCCCACUGGAUGAAAGCUCCCAUCUCCUUCAGCAAAGUGAAGCUGACCAACAAGCUCAACGGAGGUGGGCAGAUAAUGUUGAAUUCUCUGCAUAAAUACGAACCCCAGGUUCACAUAGUGCGUGUUGGAGGUGCCCACCGCAUGGUAAUGAACUGCUCCUUCCCUGAAACCCAGUUCAUAGCUGUGACUGCCUAUCAGAAUGAGGAGAUAACAGCUCUCAAAAUCAAGUACAACCCUUUUGCCAAAGCCUUCUUGGAUGCCAAGGAAAGAAAUCACCUAAAAGAUGUUCCAGAGGCUGUGUCGGAGAGCCAGCAUGUGGCCUAUUCUCACCUGAAUUUGAUAGAAAGCUCGAGCAAUAAUCUGCAAGUUUUCUCGGGACCCGACAGCUGGACUUCCCUACCCUCCACUCCACACGCCGGCAUCCUGUCCGUGCCCCACGCCAGCGGACCGGCCAACCCAGGGCCCGGCCCCUAUCCGUGCCUGGUGACCAUCAGCAACGGUGGCGGGGCCCCCGCCGGGCCCGGCGCAGAGGUGCACGCCAGCACCCCAGGAGCGUUCCUCCUCGGAAACCCAGCUGUGGCCUCGCCCCCCUCUGUGCUCUCCACCCAAGCACCCGCUUCGGCUGGCAUGGAGGUUCUGGGGGAGCCCUCGCUGACCAGCAUCGCUGUGUCCACCUGGACAGCAGUGGCCUCGCAUCCCCUCUCGGGCUGGGGCGGCCCAGGUGGGGGUGGGCGCCAUUCUCCUUCCUCCUUGGACAGUUAG